CUGUAAUUUCCGCAAAAUUGCGAGGUGCUUUCCGAAGAAUAUCAAUAAUAUAAGGGUUUACAUGAAAACAUUGUUCUCUAUUUAAACCAGAAGUGGACAGACCGUUAAAACUCGUUCUGUCGUUUUUAUGCUUUGAAGCGAAAAUUAUAUAAAUUUGCAUUACAACCCCUCUCUUCCUUUUAACAUUUCCAUCACUAACUCACUGAUAUAGCAGCGCAGAAAAUCUCUACUUUUUCUCUCUCCUCUCUCUGCGCACGAUUACUGUGUGCUGUGUGUGUGUGUGAGAGGGAGAGAGAGAGAAAGAGAGAGAGAGAGAGAGGAAAUGGAAUUCUUGUCAUCUUCUUCAAGCUAGCAGACAAAAAUUCUGACGAAAAAAAAAACCUGCUCGUCACGCUUUGUGCUCUUUUUAAUCUCUGCGCCUAAUUUUCGUCUUUAUUCACCACGAAAACUUGCAUAGAAAGUUGAAACCAGAUACACACACUACACACAUUUUCUAGGGUUUUUUUUUUUGGGGGAAAAAAAUUGGAUCAGGUUUUUUCUCCAAAAUGUCGUCGGAUCUGUUUGCAUUCGAAAACAGUUUCUUCUCCGAUCCGUUCUCUGCGUUCGCCGAUUCCGCCAUUGACGAUUCCCUCCCCUGCGACGAGAUCGGCGCAGGUCUGAUUCGAGGCGGCGGAACGACGCCGUUCGAUCAGAUUUCAGCCGCGCUGCUUUCAUCCUCGCCGCCGAGUUUCCAGCUCGAGAAUCUAACGCUGAUGUCACAGCUGGGAAGCGCGGCGGAGUACUCUGCUCCGGAGGAGGUGAAAACAGAGGAAUUCCAACUCAGUUUCGACGCUGAUUUUUCCGGUUUCGGAAAUUGCUUCUCUCCGCAGAGCCUCGACGAAUCGGCGGCGGCGGCGGCGAAGUUCAUGCAGAGGAGUUUCAGCAGCAAUUCCUUCGAAAAUCGGCCGAGCUUUUGUUUCCGGCCACGAUUCGACGGCGUAUUGGAGUCUCAGAGUUCCCCCAAACGACAAAUUCUGAGCUCACCGCCGGAAUUUUCCUCCGGCCAAAUGAGGAGGGUUUGCAGCACCGGAGAUUUACAAAAGGUGCAAAUGAACAUGCAAACAAAAAACGCAGCGUUGUCUGUAAGCCCGUUAUCUUCAGAGAAGUCAUUAAUGGAGGAAGCAAACUUCAAAGUUGGGAAAUACAGUGCUGAAGAGAGGAAAGAGAAGAUUGAUCGAUACAGAGCAAAGAGGACUCAGAGAAAUUUUCACAAAACAAUUAAGUAUGCAUGCCGGAAAACACUAGCCGACAAUCGGCCGAGGAUACGUGGCAGAUUUGCUCGAAACGAUGAGGCUGGUGAGAUUCCUAAAGCAUCAACAUAUGAAGAUGAAGAUGAUUUUUGGGUAAUAUUUUUAUUUAUUUAUAUUAUUUAUUUUGCAUGA